GAUGGGUAAAGGUCGACAAUGCCAUUUUGACCUUUGACCAAAAGGGGCAGAGACAGCAAUGGCUGCUUUUUCCAAGCUAUGGAGUUCCAUGAACCCCAAAGCGGUGGUGGCAGCUGUCACUUUGACAGGAGGGCUUAUCUUCUAUGUCAACAGACGCAUGGUGGACAUGAGGAAUGUUCGAGACAUUAUAAACGCUCAGAAAAAGUCUGGUGGUGGCAAGAAAGAGAGAGCUGCUGUAGACAUGACCUUUAUAAGGCGACUGAUGAAACUGCUCAAGAUCAUUGUACCAGGAGUGUUCACACCAGAGACUGGUUUUCUGAUCAUGGUGGCUGUCAUGCUGGUUUUGAGAACCGUGGCCGACGUCUGGAUGAUUCAAAACGGCACGGCCAUUGAAGCCUCCAUCAUCGGACGAAGUUGGCCCAAGUUUCUGCACAACCUGCUCAAGUUUGUGUACGCAAUGCCCAUCAUAUCCAUCGUCAACAGUCUGUUGAAGUAUGGUCUGAACGAGCUCAAGCUGAGGUUCAGAACUCGGUUGUCCAAACACCUUUACGCCAGAUAUAUGAAUGGUUUUACUUUCUACAAGAUGGCUAACCUCGACAACAGGAUAGCCAACGCCGACCAGCUGCUCACUCAAGAUGUGGAAAAGUUUUGCGACACUAUGGGAGAACUCUACUCCAACAUACUCAAGCCUGUGUUGGACAUUGUCCUGUACGUGCGUGAGUUGACAGGGAGUGUGGGGGCACAGGGACCUAUCACCAUGCUCGUCUAUCUUGCCAUCUCGGGCAUCAUCCUAACCAGACUGAGGUCACCGGUGGGUCCCAUGACGAUGAAGGAACAACAGCUGGAGGGGAAACUCAGAUACGUCAACUCAAGGGUUAUCACUAAUAGUGAGGAGAUCUCCUUCUACCAGGGCAGCCCACGAGAGAAGAAGACCAUUCUGGGCACACUGGACGAGCUGGUCAACCACUUGAGGAACUUUAUACUCUUCAGAUUCUCUAUGGGCUUCAUCGACAACGUCAUAGCAAAAUAUAUUGCCACGGUGAUGGGUUACCUGUCUCUCCAGGGUCCUUUUCUCAACCUUGCCCACCCCCGUCACUUGCACAGCACUCACAACGAGAUCAUGACGGACUACUACCGCAGUGGACGUAUGCUUGUGAGGAUGGCUGAGGCCAUUGGUCGACUGGUUUUGUCCGGCAGGGAGUUAACAAGGCUAGCAGGGUUUACAGCUAGAGUGUCAGAACUGCUGACGGUACUAAAUGACAUGGAGAAGGGAGUGUACCAGAGAACAAUGGUCAAUCCCACAGCUGCUGAGUCAGCAGAGGACGAUCGAGUACCGUCUGUACCGUUGGUCCCGGGAGCUGGUGAGAUUGUGGAGAUGGAUCACAUCAUCCGCUUCGAGGCCGUUCCCUUGGUAACGCCUAACGGUGACGUACUGGUGAGAGACCUCAACUUCGAGGUCAAGUCUGGGAUGAACGUGCUCAUUGCCGGACCCAAUGGCUGUGGGAAAAGCUCUCUGUUUAGGAUCCUGGGAGAGCUGUGGCCACUGUUUGGUGGCAAACUGAUCAAACCUGCUCGCUCUAAGUUGUUCUACGUGCCUCAGCGUCCCUACAUGACCCUCGGCUCUCUACGAGAUCAGGUGAUCUACCCGGAUACGCAUGACGACCAGAAGAGAAAGAACAUUAGUGAUGAGGCUCUUGCUGACUUUCUAAGCAAGGUGCAGCUGUCGUACCUGCUUGAGAGGGACGGUGGCUGGGAGGCCAAUCAGGACUGGAUGGAUGUGCUCAGUGGAGGGGAGAAACAGAGAAUGGCUAUGGCGAGGCUAUUUUAUCAUGAGCCUCAGUUUGCUAUCCUGGACGAGUGCACGAGUGCUGUGAGUGUGGAUGUGGAGGGGUUCAUCUACUCCCACUGCCGAGAGAAAGGGAUCACUCUGUUCACAGUGUCUCACAGGAAGUCACUAUGGAAACAUCAUGAGUAUGUCCUCCAAUUUGAUGGCCGUGGGGCGUACGAGUACAAGCCCAUUGACUCGAGUACUGAGGAAUUCGGAUCCUGAUUUUUUGGCAGCAAUAACUCUCUCUGUGUGUAGGGCCUACAGAUAUUAAUAAACACUCUGCGCAUGCAGUAGCAUUUUUUUACUGACUAUUAUUGUCUGGCAGUUUUACCUUAUAUUAUUUCUAUAAUUAGAUUUAUGGUUAUUUUCGAACAAACAUUAAAUAACGAGCAAUUAA